UGUACAAGUCUUUGUUUCUUUUCCAAACACUCGCCCGUCUAGACUUUGCAGCAAGAAACAUGAAAAGCUCAUUCACGUUCACCAUCUUCUUCUUUGUUCUUCUCCUUACCUCUUGUGUGGUGAUGAGCGCGAGGAUGCAAGAGAGCACAAACGAGAUAUUGAAGCCUAUAACAUGCAAUACCAAUGAAGACUGUGCUAAGUAUUGCAAAGGUCCAAUCCACAACUGCAUAUUUCACACUUGUCAAUGCGUACCAGGAAAUCCUAAUUGUUGCUAGAUAAAAAGUACCCUCCUCCACACAUAGUCUCUAAAAUUCUUAUGUUUCUGAUUCAGUAUCUUUUGCAUAAAUUGGAUUCCACCA